CAGGAGAGAAUCUCGACCUUCGCUUUUUAAUGUUGCGCAUGCGCACUGCGUCGCACUGAGUCAGGCUCGUCGACGGCUGGAGAGCGCAGAGUGAUGAGAGCAGAGAGAAGAUCUGCAGCCAGCGAUCACUCUCCCGUCUGCCUGGUAAUGACAGAUGUGAAGCAUGACUUCUUGCUCAGAAGUCUGUGGGUCGGAUUAUGCUGAGCAGGGCCACGGUGCCCUCAGCAGCGGUUACCAAGGUUACGGGGUGCGUUCCUACCUGCACCAGUUCUAUGAGGAGUGCACUGCCUCCAUCUGGGAGCGCGAUGAAGAUUUUCAGACACAGAGAUCGCCUAAUCGCUGGAGCUCUGUCCUCUGGAAGGUCUGUCUUGCGCUUGGAGCUCUCAUUCUGGUAGCCGGGUUGUCAGUGCUGCUGGUGGGCUAUGCCACUCCCCCUCGGCUGGAAGCUUUCGGUGAAGACGAGCUGCUCUUCGUGGACGGCCGUGCCGUGCGUUUCAACCGCGCGCUGGAUGCCUGUAAGCUGGCCGGAGCCGUUCUGUUCUGCGUCGGUGGCAGUGGUAUGGCGGUGGGAUUGCUGCUGGCUGCUUGCUCUCAGGGCACCUCCAAAGAAGAGCUCCGACUGCAACAGCGUUUCAAAGAUCGCCUAGCCGAGAUCCAGGCCUCCGUUCAACCGAUCUCCCGCGCCCCCACCCCAGGAGAGGGCAAGGUGCCUGUCACUCUCUCUAAGGUGCAGAGCGUCCAACCCGGGGCGGAGACCUGACCUCCGCCCCCAAACCUUUACAAACGAAACGACCCCGUUAAAGGUCAGCUAUAACCGGGUUUCGUGCAAAAGCAAACCAGGAACAGUAGAGAUAGAUAACAUUGCACUUUCUCUGAUGCGUAUCAUUCGUCUAUAUUGACCAAGAGUACCAAGAGUAUUUAUGGUGAUAAGGCAUUAAUGUAACUGUACCCUGUAGAUCAUUACGCCACUACACUGGUGCUCCUGAAUAAAGAUAUACAGCACAAACAUACUGUACAUGCUACGCUAACAGCCGAUAACAACCGCUAGGCAACUAAAAUGCUAUGAUCGGCAUUAGUCGGCUGUUCUUGAGAGCCACUUCUGAUAUAUUCUCGAGGCGUCAAGUCAUAUUUAGUCUGUGUAUACUAAAAUGUGCAUUAUCGAAUAAGCUAAAAUAAAAACUGAAGGAUCUCUUUCUGAUUUCACAAGCUUCCUCUGUAUUGGUAACCGUAAAUAGAUUCGCAAUCACAAUUUCCAACUUGAUAUAUGAGAGAGAGUCGUAUUACACAGUAAUUUGGUAAAACUCAUAAACAAGCAAAAUGAAAGUCUAUCAGGACCCUCUGUAUUACCGGAUAAUUCAUCAUUGCCGCCUUACAAACGCUGUCAACAGAAGCGAUAACAAUAUUUCGUCGCUUGUUCAAAAUCUUCACAUUGGCUCAUUACUGUCACCUUGGGCACACAUAUUUUAAUGCGUUACCGUCUAUUGCUCCAGUCAAUCAAUAGUUACCUGACAGAAGGCAAUGUGUUUCAGACAGGCAAAGCCAAAACUCGCUCUCGAUAACAAACAUCUCUCCUUUCUGCUCAAAUACAUCAUCGCUCGCAAUGUCAAGGGCGAAAAUAGAUUAACGUCAAGAGAUGCCUGUGGGAUUAUAUAAUAUCCUCUCAUUGUGUAGCACUUAAUUCUUGCUGCAGCCUCCAUUUUCUCAAGAGGACAUUAGGCCCAGUCACUGUCUGUUGGUAAUUACACUCAUUGGAGCGCAGCCUGUUAAGAGUUUCGUGUGCUUGGGCUAAUGUUUUGGGACCAUGCCACUUUCUUGCAGUUUGUGUUUCUACCACUCUAUAUAGUCGGUUUCAUUUUUUCUAUUUAGUUUUGUUUUUAGUAGGAAUUGAAAGCAUAAUACAUCAAUGAUUUCGUGUAUUUGCUGUCUUGAUAGUUUACUUUGCUUAGUGCUUUGAAAGUUUGACCAUAUUUUGCAUUUCAGAAAUUGUUGUAAACCACUUUCAAGAAAGUUUGGUGAACUGUAUCUGUUUGUUUUGAAUAUCCAUUCAAUGAAUUAAGAUGGGGGAUAUUGUGUAAAAAGCAGUGUGUUGAAAUUUUUUGAGGGUGUCAAAGCUUGUUAAAGGGAUAGUUCACUCAAAAAUUUAAAUUCUGUCAUUGUUUACUCAACCUCAAGUUGUUCCAAACUUGUAUACAUUUAUUUGUAUUAAGCAGAACAAAGGAAACCAAGCUGGGGCACCAUUGACUUCCAACGUAGGAACAAAUAAUACCAUUGCAAUGAAUGGUGCCCCAGAUCUGUAUGGUUAUUAACAUUUUUUCUAAAUAUUUGUGUUCAGCAGAACAAAUACAUUUAUACAGAUUUGGGACAACGUGAGUGCAAUUAAAUCAUUACAGCAAAUCUGGGGCACCAUUGACUUCCAUAGUAGGAAAAAAUAAUACUAUUGCAGUGAACGGUGCCCCAGAUUGGUUUGGUUAUUAACAUUUUAUAAAAUAUAUUAAUUUGUGUUCAACAGAACAAAUACAUUUAUAAAGAUUUGGGACAACGUGAGUGCAAGUAAAUGGUUACACCAGGCACCAUUGACUUCUAUAGUAUGAAAAAAUAAUACUAUUGCAGUGAACGGUGCCCCAGAUCGAUUUGGUUAUUAACAUUUUAUAAAAUAUAUUAACAUUUACGUGGGAGUGUGAACUUUUUUGGUGAACUAUCAAUUUAAUUUGAUAAACUUCUCACACAGAGCACAGUACAACUUAUUAAAUAAUAUAAUCACUGCAAAAGCCCUAUUAAAAUCUAAAUAUACAACAAUUAUCUGUUUUACAGUACAUGAGCCUGAAGUUUGGUGUUUUAAAAGACAUAUUGGACAUUGCGUUGAUUGUGACUUUACAGAGAUGUGUUGGUAAUUCUCACAAACUAUCAAAGGUUUUGGUUUGUGCCGUCUACUGUUGGAGAGGAGAGAUACUGUAUUAAAAAGGUUAUGGAACAGAUUACUUUACCAGAAUAAACUGUUUGUUACCGCAGA